UUUUCACGCUCCUCUCCUGAGAGCAACACGUCCCCUCCUGCUCAUGGCACUGCCUGCAGCGGAGUCCCCCUGGGGGCACAACUGAUGGCUGGAGAAAUGCCCAGCCUGACCGCAUUAGACCAGCUGCCCUGGAACUCCACCUCUGCGGAGCAAGGGGCCAGAAAUGGGUCCCACUUCAACUUUUGGUACAACACAAACAAGACUCAGCUCUUGGGUGUUUUGUUGGCAAUCACUGGAAAUUUUCUGAUUAGUAUCUCUUUGAAUAUCCAGAAAUAUGCUCAUCUCCGACUGGCAUGCCAAGCAAAUGAAAAGCCCUAUUACACAAGCAAGCUGUGGUGGUGUGGAAUUAUCCUCAUGGGGCUCGGAGAGCUGGGGAAUGCUGCAGCUUAUGGAUUUGCUCCAGCCGCCCUUAUAGCUCCAUUAGGAUGUGUAUCCGUCAUAGGUAGUGCGUUUAUUUCUGUCUUAUUCCUAAAAGAAACCAUGAGGGCUGCUGAUAUGUUAGGUGGAACCCUGACAAUUGCAGGAACAUAUUUGUUGGUGACAUUCGCUCCAAAUGUAACCCAGGAGCUCACGGCAACUAAAAUACAGAAUUAUUUAAUUAGCUGGCAGUUUCUGAUCUAUGUGAUCUUAGAAAUAAUAAUAUUCUGCAUUCUUCUGUAUUUCUACAAAAGGAAGGAUGUGAAGCACAUUGUGGUUUUGUUAACGAUGGUAGCACUACUAGCAUCACUGACUAUUAUUUCAGUAAAGGCUGUGGCCGGCAUGAUAACAUUCUCUGCAAAGGGCAAAAUGCAGCUAACAUACCCCAUUUUCUAUAUCAUGUCGAUUAUAAUGGUGACAUCUUGUGUUUUCCAAGUCAAGUUCUUAAAUCAAGCUAUGCAACUCUACAAUGCAACCAUCGUUGUGCCGAUUAACUUUGUGUUCUUCACAGCCAGCGCCAUCAUUGCAGGGGUCAUAUUUUAUCAGGAAUUCCAAGGUGCAGCUUUGCUGAGUGUGUUCAUGUUUCUAUUCGGGUGUCUUCUGUCAUUUCUUGGUGUGUUUGUAAUCACACGAAAUCGAAAAGAGGAGCAUUUGCAAGUUCCUUAUAUUGACUGUGGACACAUUCCUGGAAAAAAAAUUAUUGACAAAAUACAGCUGGAUUCAAACAGCUUAUCCUAUGGCACUUUGCAUGAUGAAGAUGACUGGACGAGGGCUCAGAGCUAAGAGCACCUUCAAUUCCAGUUAACAAGAGGAACUCUCUGUUCAUUGACAUCAUAUUCAGCACCCCAUGUUGAUUGCAUAUAUUCAGUGUGUGUGUCAUGUUAUUUUAUCUUGAGAACUCUUAGUGUUAUUUAGGUAUCCUUACGUGUCCCCUGCCUAUCACAAAUGUGUUACAAUGAGCCAGGAGAGCUAUAAAGCUAGUAACCAUUAAAUGGAGCUGGAUAUUUUCCUGGUAAAAUACCUCUUACUGGUGGUUUAGGGCCAGGUAUUUAAAGGUAUUUAGAUGCCUAAAGAUGCAGCUAGCCACACAGUGGGAUUUUCCAAAGCACCCACUUCACCUGCCUGCAUUUAUAGGUGCUUAAUUCCUUUAAAAAUAAGUAAUCAAAAUAUAGUGUGUUUCUAUGAAAGCAUCUGUUGGGAGAAAUCCUGCUUGCCUUAUACAUACAGCUAGUCCCAUUGCCUUCAAAGGAACUACACAUGUGAGUAAAGUGAGUGGGAUUUGUUCCAAUAUAUAAAUAUGGAUACAUUCACAUGGUAUGAAUUUAUGUUGAGAUAUGGUAAAAGGCUUGGCAUUAUCAAUUCCUCCAAAGGAGCCCUCUGGGAGGGGAGCUUGUCUCUGUCCUACUGGACUGGAGCAACAAGCAGCUAUUUCAAUACAAUCCGUUCUGAGCCUUGCCCCCUCUGUCUUCAUUAGAAAAUAUACGUUUUUGGUGGGGAUUUUGAAGAGGGUGCACACUCUUCCAAUAGAGAAAUGGGAAGCCAACCUUCCACUGCUGUUGUAUUUUGAAUAGGCUCGGCUGGGGAAAAAGUGAGUUCAAUAUAGGGGGCCCAGUCGAUGAAGUCAAUGGAAAUGUCGUGUGGGUAAAAGAAUCAGGAUCACGAAGGAUAAGCCACUGGGCUAAAAUAUAUCUUUUUCCUUCAUAAAAAGACUUCCCUGCAGUAAGCUAGAGAGCGAGUGCUGGCAGCAGCUGUGGUCACGCAGACUGAGCUUGGGGCUUCGAGUCAGAAAGCCGUAAUCCUACUUUAGGUGCUGACUCACAGGAGAAAGUUACUUAUGGCCGUAGGGAGAUACACAGCCUCAGUUUCUGCUUCUGUCUGCUAAUACUAAUCUACCUCAUGGGUAUGUUGUGAGGAUUAGAUGGGUGCUCUGAGGGAAAAGAAGAAGCACUUUAUAAGUGUUCGGAGUUACUAUUUGAACCUUGUACAAAAUACUUUUGCUCUUUUGCAGCCAGCUCAAUGGGGUCUGCUGAAUGAUGCCUCUUCUAAACACAAUAUUUUUGUAGUCAGUAUUUUUAUUUUAGAAGAGAUCCAGUCAAAGUGACUUUAGUAGUUUAAACACUCAUUUGUUUAUUAGACAUGUUGAAGUACCUAGAAAAUGGUACAUUUUGCUGUACAUUAAUCUCCCUACAUCCAAGAUUCAGGGAAUUUUUUAAUUUGUGAUUUAAGCUUUUGCAAAUUGGCAUAGAGUCACGUAGCCAGGGAUUCAAUACCACCCUCCCCCACUUUUCUAUUAAAGUUCGAGGAAGCUGCCCAUCUAUAUCUCUCAGAUGCCCAAUGGGUCUUCCAGCAAAAACAGGAAAGACUAGACUUUAUAUUACUGAUCAAUCUCCGGUAAAAAUGCAGAUUUUUUUAACACACCCUAAAGAAUCAAAAGGGCACUAACUGAAUUUUUCUUUCCUUUGUAGCUCAACUUUAAGCACCCUUUUUACCUGUCAAGUGAAAAUGUCUGCUAAAGAUGGAAAUAAGAUGUCUAUAACUUUCAUUGCUAUUAUUUCCUAGAAAUACUAUUUUUUUUUAAGUAAUGGCAGCAGAUACCUCUCUGAAAUUUGUUUCCAUGAUUUGGGAGGGGUGAAGGAGGAAAUUCUCCCAGGAUUUUCUAGUCACAGUAGGAAAUUGAAUGCAAAAUCUCUGGGUAAAUCCAUUAUUUAUUUUAAAAGUACUGUAAUUCUGUGUGACACAUCACCUCCUUCUGACGGUUUAAUAAAAAAUAAAAUGAUGUUCUAUAGAUGGGGAGGGAUAACUUCCGGUGUAAAAUUAAGUGUAAUUGAAAUUGAUAUAUUGAUUAAAAGUUCUAGGAGCCACUGAUAUGUAAUUACACAAUUAACAAUGGUCAUCAGACUUGAUAUAGAUACUUAGGCACACUUCAAUUAAUCUACAUAAGUUCAUGUUACACUAUUGUAAUAUAUAGUAAUGGGCAUUCAUUAGUACUGCCCCCAAAAAUAAACUUGUCAGUUUCGCUGUGUUUAGAAUCGGCUUCUAGUCAAUUUCAGAUUGCCCUAGUGAUGUUUAGGUUGCAAACACUAUAGACGAAUGUUUGUUAAAACAUAAACCUUUUCAUUGGACUCUAAAGAAAAACACAGAAAUGUAUUUUAUUGUAUUAAAUUUUGUAAGAACCUUUUCUUCCCUGAAGAUCAAUAUCUUGGGCCCAAUGUGACCUUUGAAACCUGUUCUACAAGUUGAAUCUGCCUAGAGCCUGAAUAGGUACAAUAUAAAAUCUACAGAAAUAAAUAGAAGGCCAAAGUCAGCCCCUCUGAAUGGUUUCUGCAGUGUCUAGUUUGUAAGUCUGACAAACCAGGGCCAGCAGGAUUGAUUCAACCCUUGCUACACGGCUGAUAGACACUGUGCAGGGGAAGUCAGAACUUUAACUUGAGUAUGGGACUGGAAACAGGAACUUUUGAAUUCUAAUCAUGGCUCUGCCAUUGAUUCUGCAUGGGACUUUUGCAAACAACUUAACCUUUUUCUCUCUCAAAAGUGCAAGAUCCACUUUUGUGGAUGGUCACAUGGACACGACUCGAAAGCUCAGCCACCUAGAUUUGUUUAUAAUUGUAUUCAAAAAUUUCAGUGUGUCAUCAAUAGACUUUUAGGACCAGAUUGCCCAGUCUAGUUCCAUUUAGUGUCAUGUAAGUGGUGCAAAGUGGCCUUAAAAUGGCUGGUAAUGCCCAACUGAGAAUUUCCCCUAUUCAGGAGAACACUCAAGUGGUAAAAAGA